CUAAGGGGCUAGCGGGGUCCGGGGCGAGGUGACAACCGCUCGUUACGUCUAUCCCAAGCCAGUUAUUAAAAACGUCUCGGCGCGAGCGGUGUGCCACCCUGUAAUUAUCCAGUUGAUCCGUCGCGCUACGUUGUCACCGCCGGAAAUGCAGUACGUGGAUCCACCCGCGCAACAGAUGAUGAAUAUGUUGCCCGCAUAUAGUUGCGGGUAUGGACGAGGUGAUACUUUGUCUCCUGCCUCUGAUCUAUCUUCCUGCAGCAGUGCAUCAUCAGGAGCUUGGUGCGGUGCUGGACCGUGGCGGGACUUGCCUUACCCGCAGUACUCCGCUUAUUGGCCUCCAGCAGCGGCCGAAGAAGCCAGAGAACUUCAGCGACGCUGCGCUAAAUGCCGCUGUCCGAACUGUCUAACAGAGGCCGCCGGUUUCGGGCCAAACUACGGAAAGGAAGGCACCAAAAGAGAACACGUUUGUCACGUACCAGGCUGUGGAAAAGUCUACGGAAAAACCUCCCAUUUAAAGGCACAUUUGCGUUGGCACACCGGCGAGCGUCCUUUUGUUUGCAACUGGUUAUUUUGCGGCAAACGCUUCACGCGCUCAGAUGAGUUGCAACGGCAUUUAAGGACGCACACGGGAGAGAAGAGAUUCGCUUGCCAAAUGUGCACCAAAAGGUUCAUGAGGUCGGAUCACCUAGCGAAACAUGUGAAAACUCACGCUAAUGUAUCAAGGAAAAAUAAAAAAGCUAAGGAGGACGAAAAAGAAGAGGUGCUUAAAGAAAAAGCGGAACAACAAUCCAACUCUGUCGUAGCAACUUCUGUCAGUGUUCCAGUGACGACUGUCGGCAGUACGAAUUAUGGAACUGUUCCUGUCGCGAACGUUCCUAAGCCAACAUCUCUGAAUUACGCUUCGGUCGCACCUAAUGUUUCCGCUAGUGCUAACAGUUUUAACACGUAUCCUAAUGGAACAAUUAUGAGUGGAUGGUAUCCAGAUGUGAGGCAAGAAUCGUUGUAUACGCGAGCGCCGGUUAGAGAUCCUAGAUAUACAAGUGCAAUGCAGUAUCAGCAGUAUCCCAGUCCGAUAUCCACUUACCAAUGUGCCAGUAAAGAAAACUACGCCUUGUUUCAGGGGCACUAUAAUUUACAACCUCCAGUAGCUCUCGGACAAUGACAAUUAUUGUAGUGUAUCUCAGUGUGAUGUUUUUGUGUCAUGUAUUGUAAAUAUGUGAUUGUUAUUGGUUAUCAAAUAAGGUUUGGGCGUUAACUUUUUUAUUAAUUUGUUAGUUACCACAAAAUUCAUUGUGAUUUCUCUAGGUUAUUAUGAAAAUGUGCCUCGGUGAUUGUUAAGAAAUUACUUGAUAUAUAAAUAAAAUAUUAUUCAAAUAAAUUAUAUAAUGCAUUUAAUUUUCUUCAUUAUUACAGCAUUUUUAGAAUGCAUUUUAAAUUAAGGAUAAUUGAAGAGAUUUUUAAAUAGUAAAUUGUUUCAUCAUUAAACCUAUUGAAAUAUAUAUCUUCUUACUAAAAUGAUAACGGUACCUUUGAGAGCUACUGCUAGCCAAAUAACGUAAAAUAACAUCUAUAAAUAAUACAAAAUUAACUAUCUCAUGAGAAUAUGUGUUGGUC